AUGCAGGAGUGUUUGCAGAGCUGCGCGGGCGGUGGCGAAGGAGGAGCCAUCUGCCGGCUGCCCGUAGAACCCGGCAGCACCUGCAGGGGUAGACUGCGCCGCUGGGCGUUCAGCACUGACACCGGCCGAUGCGAGUGGUUCUUCUACACGGGCUGUGACGGCAACGCCAACAAUUUCGAGUCGCGCGCGGAGUGUCAGUCUCGCUGUGGCGGGGACGUUAGCCAAGGCGGCGAGGACCGCGGUCCGCCGGAGUUCUGUCAGCUGCCGCCGCGCCGCCUGCUGGGCUGUCGGCCGUCAGGCGGCGAACAGCGCUUCUACUUCAACCGCGAGCGCCGCUCCUGCGACAGCUUCACCUACCGCGGCUGCGACAGCGGCGACAACAUGUUCACCAGCCGGGAAUCUUGUCUCUCCGUCUGCGCGCCCGGGGAGCGCGGUGAAAGAGAGGACGAAAGACCGCAGUUCUGUCGAGUCCAACCGGAGGAUAUUGCAGGAUGUCGCCCUGGCAGCCGGGAGACCAAGUUCUACUUCAGCGCCACGGCCGGCAGAUGCCGCUCAUUCGAAUCGGUCGGCUGCGAGCGAGGCAGAAACGUGUUCCUGACGCGAAGGGAAUGUGAACAAGCUUGCGGCGACCGCGAUGCCGGUGGUGAAGUUGAAAACCAGCCCCGGCUCUGUCGUGUUGAGCCCGAAGAGGACCCCAACUGCCGCCCUGGUCGCCGCGAGACCAAGUACUACUUCAGCACUGCCGUCGGCAGAUGUCGCUCAUUUGUGUCCGUUGGCUGCGAGCGUGGGAGAAACGUGUUCCUCACCGCUCGGGAAUGCGAGGAGGGGUGCGAGAACCGAGACACAGGGGGCCCGUCCUACUGCUAG